AUGGCCACUGUCCUCCCUGUGGAGAUUGCCCGAAUGAUUACGGAUUAUAUACAAGACAAGAAGACCUUUCUCAAUCUCCUUACGGACGUCUCCUUCCUCGGUCCCAUCGGCCAAAAUCACGCUCAGUUCAAAUAUCCCUCGGAGGCUGAUCUAUUGGGUGCGUCCGGCAGCUUUCUGGACGGUAUCACCGCAGGCGGCGGCCGAUGCGCCCGUUAUGUCAAACGACUCUAUCUUCCUGGCUCAGGCUUCCUACAGAGGGAGCUAUACAAAUUGCUCCAGACGAUCCUACAGGCGCUUCCCAAUCUGGAAGACUUACAGGUUCAUCGUUCGUGGUGGAUGGUAUUUCCAUUUGGUUUCAACCUGCAAGCCCUCUUUGAAUCACCGCCCCCAUUUCAAUUACAAGGCUUCGGGUGGUAUACACCAGGAAAUCUAGACAGAGUCGGAUUAGAUUGGUUCCUCUCCCAUCAAAUAUCUCUGGAGCGUCUAUUCCUUCCAUCCUUGAACACGUCGCCAUCUCCCUUCACUCCGACUCUUCCGAGACUUCGAAUACUGCAUGCUUUGGACAACGUAGCCGCAAGAAGGUUCCUCACAGGAAACCAAGUAACGCAGUUGAAGCUAGAGCGGGACGAUAUUCAUGAACUCGAUGAUACUACUCUUCGCACUGUGGUCUUCUGCGUUUCACGGUUUGCAUUAUUGGGUAGCCUCUCAACAGUAGUUGCGCGGAUGCCAAACUUAGAGCGCUUAGAAAUAAAUGCCUCUGCCCAAUCAAUCCCUCUAACCCUCGUUCGGCUUGCUAUGCUCAAAGGUGCGGCAAAACUACGACACUUGCGUAUCUUGACCUGCGAGACCGUCACUGGACGCACACAUGUUGGGGAAUCGCCCUGGGACUACAGGGACGUGGCCAUUGCGUUCAAUAGUCUUCCCUCCCUCACACACAUGACCGUCCAGCUCACGUACGCUCCGAGUUUCCCUGAGUACUACUGCUUUGCCAGGGGGGCUGCGCGGCCGGUGAAGCUUCGCUCGGUCCGUCCAGCGCCCGAAUGGUGGCAAGACGACUGGGUUGAUGAUUAUGUGGUCGUCCCCUUUGAGCCGGGCGAUAAGCGAAUGGGGUAUACGGGUCAUCUCCUUCAUGCAGCCCGCGAGGUGCUGCCCAUAUCAGUUGAAUCGCACAUAUCGUGA